AUGGACGGGGAGAUGGAAGAAAAUGACCUGCUGCAUGAAGAGUUUCUGGCCUGCCGUGGAGCCGUAACCCAAGUCCUGAAGUAUGGACCAUUCAGCCCUGCUUCUCUCAGCAACCCCAAGAUGCUUGUCCUCAUUGUUCCAGGUAACCUUGGUGUUCCUGCCUUCUACCUGUCAUUUGCCAAGGCUCUGUACCUUACCCUGGAGAAGCACUACCCAGUUUGGGUCAUCAGCCAUGCUGGCCACGUUAAGGCCCCCUGUGGCGUCGAAGUGACUGAAGAGAGCCCAGAAGACUCUUGUCCUGGGACAACGGAUGAUGUCUUAGGGCUGAAGGGCCAAGUGGAGCACAAGCUCACCUUCCUGAGGCAGUACGUGCCGAGUCCCCUGAAGCUGGUGCUCGUCGGCCACUCCAUCGGCACCUACAUCUUGCUGGAGAUGAUGAAGCGAGCCCCGGAGCUUCCGGUUCUCCGCGCCUUCUUGCUGUUCCCGACAAUCGAGAGAAUGGCUAAGUCACCCAACGGCAAGGUGGCAACGCCUCUGCUCUGCUGGCUUCGCUAUGCCCUCUAUGUGCCACUCUACAUUGUACUCAACCUGCUACCAGUGAGAUUUAAGGUCAUGUUGGCCAGUUUGAUUCUUCAAAAGCUAAAAAUGGAGAAUGAAAUCCUUGUACACCUAAUGAACUCCCUCAACAUGAGCUGCGUAGCAAACGCUAUGUAUCUAGGAAGCCAGGAAAUGAGGACCGUUUUGGAGAGAGACAACUCAACCAUCCGAAAGUACCUAAAGAAGCUGACUUUUUACUACGGAUCAUCUGACCUAUGGUGUCCAGUCCAAUACUAUGAGGAUAUUAAGAAGGAUUUUCCCAGUGGAGAUAUUAGGCUGUGUAAGAAGGGCAUCCACCAUGCCUUUGUCACCUCGCUUGAAUCCAGCCAGGAAAUGGCCGCCAUGAUUACAGACUGGUUAAAAGAAGACCUGUCCAAAAUAUAG